CUUAACUAAUUUGCCUAACAACCUUAUCGCCUCACUAACAACUCCAUCACCCAAAACUUAAACACCUUUAGCUAUGCAGCUUAUGCCUAUAAAAUCCUGUUAAGUUCCAAUGACCUAGCAACCCAAAAUAUCCGCUCUAAACUAAAUACAUUCUUUUUGGUCAAGAAAAAUUAAAAAUUUGAUUGGUUAGCAAUUAAGAUUUCAAAAAAAAAAACCCAAAAUGAAUGCACAUUUGCUCAAUCUCCUUCUCACAGCUAUCCUAGCAUUUUCUUUCGACGUUGAAGCACUCACUCCGCACUACUACGACCAGUCAUGUCCACAAGCAGAUCACAUUGUUACCAAUGCAGUCAAAAAAGCUAUGUCAAAUGACAAAACUGUCCCCGCCGCUCUCUUGAGAAUGCAUUUCCAUGACUGCUUCGUCAGAGGAUGUGAUGCGUCGGUUCUGUUGGACUCCAAGGGAAAGAACAAGGCAGAGAAAGAUGGACCUCCUAACAUCUCACUACAUGCGUUUUAUGUGAUUGACAAUGCAAAGAAGGCAUUAGAAGAGCAAUGUCCCGGUGUCGUCUCUUGUGCCGAUAUCCUUUCACUCGCUGCAAGAGAUGCAGUUGCUCUCUCAGGAGGGCCUUCAUGGGAAGUGCCGAAAGGGAGAAAAGAUGGGAGAAUAUCAAAGGCAAUAGAAACAAGACAACUACCAGCUCCUACUUUUAACAUCUCUCAGUUGCAACAAAGCUUUGGCCAAAGGGGCCUCUCUAUGCAUGAUCUUGUUGUUCUCUCUGGAGGACAUACACUAGGAUUUGCCCACUGCUCAUCGUUUCAGAAUAGGAUCCACAGCUUCAACACACAGAAACAGAUUGAUCCAACGCUAAACCCAUCAUUCGCGGCGAGCUUGAACGGAAUUUGCCCAGCCCAUAACAAAGUGAAGAACGCCGGAGCGACCAUGGAUGCAACCACAACGUCAUUCGACAAUAUUUACUACAAGAUGCUUAUGCAAGGCCAAUCACUCUUCUCAUCCGACCAAGCGCUUCUAACAACACCAUCUACUAAGAAACUCGUGUCCAAGUAUGCAAGUUCCAUCGAAGAGUUCGAGAAGGCCUUUGUGAAAUCCAUGAUCAAGAUGAGUAGUAUCAGUGGGAAUGGUAAAGAGGUCCGGCUUAACUGCAGGAGGGUUCGUUAGAUUCUCAAUCUCCGUUCCAACAAAAGGAAUCUAAGUCUUUAUAAUUCUAUCGUCAUAUUGAUUGUUUGUGAAUAGGCCGUUCUAAUAAUUAUGGCUGAGGUUCUUGUAUCAUCAUUAUAAUUCUAUCAUGUGUGAGUGUGACAGUUAUUUACAAGUACUAAUAUAUAUAUAUAUAUAUAUAUAUAUAUAUAUAUUUCAGAAAUUCCUUGAAAUGACAUCGAAACAUGUUUUGGUUCCAAAAAUUACCAUGGACGCUCAAAUGUGAUAUUCAUACCAAUAUUCAUUAAACUAAUGAUAUAUAUUUUAUUCG